AUGUCUGGCUCGGAUGUUAAAAUCGGUAUCAACGGUUUCGGUCGUAUUGGCCGCCUCGUUUUUCGAUGCGCUCUCGCCCAAGGUGUUCAAAUAGUCGGUGUCAAUGAUCCAUUUAUCCCUGCUGACUACAUGGUCUAUAUGUUUAAAUAUGAUUCAACACAUGGUAAAUACAAAGGUGAAGUCUCACACAAAGAUGGCAAACUCAUCGUUGACGGAAAAGAAAUUAGCGUUUUCACUGAAAAAGAUCCAUCAAAAAUUCCAUGGGGUCAACUCGGUGCUGAAUACAUUGUCGAAUCUACUGGUGUAUUCACAACAGUUGAAAAAUGUCAACCACAUCUUCAAGCCGGUGCCAAAAAAGUCGUCAUCACCGCACCAUCAGCUGAUGCUCCAAUGUUCGUUAUGGGAGUCAAUGAAGAUAAAUACACAGGAAAAGAAACUGUUCUUUCCAAUGCAUCGUGUACAACCAACUGUUUAGCACCACUCGCAAAAGUUGUUCAUGAAAAAUUUGGCAUCGUCGAAGCUUUAAUGACAACUGUACAUUCGUACACAGCCACACAAAAGACUGUCGAUGGUCCAUCGAACAAGGAUUGGCGCGGUGGACGUGGAGCUGCACAAAAUAUUAUUCCAUCAUCAACUGGUGCCGCCAAAGCUGUCGGAAAAGUUAUUCCUGAUUUAAAUGGUAAAUUGACUGGUAUGGCUUUCCGUGUUCCAACACCAAACGUAUCAGUUGUUGAUCUUACUGCCCGUUUGAGCAAAGGCGCUAAAUACGACGAAAUCUGUGCCGCAAUCAAAGAAGCUUCAAAUGGACCAUUGAAGGGAAUCUUAGGUUAUACCGAUGAUGAAGUUGUUUCAACUGACUUCAUUGGCGACACACACUCAUCAAUCUUCGACGCCAAAGCCGGUAUUUCGCUCAACGACAACUUCGUUAAACUCGUUUCAUGGUACGACAAUGAAUAUGGUUACUCAAACCGUGUUGUCGAUCUCAUCAAAUAUAUUGCCAAGAAAGAUCACGGAAAAUAG